AUGUUCUGUAUUGAUAUGAACUAUAUGUUCUGUAUAAUUGUUUCUUUUUUCUGUUUCUUUUUUCUUUCUUUCUUUUCGCAUUCAUUUCUCUAUCUUUCCUUCUCUUUCUUUUUCCUUACGCUUUCUCAUCCCACUUCUACUUUCUCCAUCACCUCUCCCCCUUUUUUUUCCAUCCUUAUGUUUUUUCUCUCUCACUCUCUUCAUCUAUCUUCUCAUCCUCUAUCUAUCUAUCUAUCUAUCUAUCUAUCUAUCUAUCUAUCUAUCUAUCUAUCUAGUCAGUUUCUUCCAAUCUCUCUCUGUAUUUAUCUGUCUUGUUAUCUUCUUAUCAGGCUCUUCAGAUACAUGUCAGUUUCUUCUAAUCAAUCUAUCUUGUCCAUCUCUUCUAAUCUAUCUAUCUAUCUAUCUUGUCAGCCUCCGACAAUCUAUCUAUCUAUCUAUCUAUCUAUCUAUCUAUCUAUCUAUCUAUCUUGUCAGCCUCCGACAAUCUAUCUAUCUAUCUAUCUAUCUAUCUAUCUAUCUAUCUAUCUAUCUAUCUUAUUUCUCAGUGUUUGCCUUUUUUGCUAUCUAUCUAUCUAUCUAUCUAGGAAAAAUAAUUAUAGUUUCAUUAUCUAUCUAUCUAUCUAUCUAUCUAUCUAUCUCUGUUUAAUCACAUGUAAAUUCUAUCUAUCUAAUCACAUUCUUUUCAUUAGCUCUCUAUCUAUGGUAAUUUCUAAAAAAUCUAUUCAUAUCUAUCAAUCUAGCGAGCGAUUGUUUUUUUUUUCUUCGGAUCUAUCUAUCUAUCUAUCUAGUCUCACUCUCUCCUUCUUCUACGACAUGUGUAGCUCUCUUCUUCGUCUACGACUUCCCUCUCCUUCUACGACAUGUGUAUCACUGUCCUUCAUCUACGAUAUAUCUAGCUCUUUCCUUCCUUCUUCUACGACAUGUGUAGCUCUCUUCUUCGUCUACGACUUCUCUCUCCUUCCUUACAAUUUAUGUAGCCCUCUCCUUCUACGACAUGUGUAUCACUGUCCUUCAUCUACGAUAUAUCUAGCUCUUUCCUUCCUUCUUCUACGACAUCUCUCUUCUUCGUCUACGACUUGUGUAGCUCUCUCCUUCCCUUACAAUUUAUGUAGCCCUCUCCUUCUACGACAUGUGUAUCACUGUCCUUCAUCUACGAUAUAUCUAGCUCUUUCCUUCCUUCUUCUACGACAUGUAGCUCUCUUCUUCGUCUACGACUUGUAUAGCUCUCUUCUUCGUCUACGACUUCUCUCUUCUUCGUCUACGACUUGUAUAGCUCUCUUCUUCGUCUACGAUUGUGUAGCUCUCUCCUUCCCUUACAAUUUAUGUAGCCCUCUCCUUCUACGACAUGUGUAUCACUGUCCUUCAUCUACGAUAUAUCUAGCUCUCUCCUUCUUCUACGACAUGUGUAGCUCUCUUCUUCGUCUACGACUUGUAUAG